CGUUGCGGGCCGCGCAUGCGCCGAGGGCGGGCCGGGGUCAGAGCGGAGCGGAGGCUGGGGCACGCUGCAACCAUGUUCCGCUGCCGAGUGGCCGCCGUGGCGGAGAAGCUGGCGCGGAGCCUGCGCUUCCUGACCCCGAGGCCGCGGGGCCGGGCGGCGGCAGGCAACUUGUUGCAGCGAUGGAAUGUUCCCUUAAAACUACAGCUGAGCAGACAAAUGGCUAGCUCUGGUGCACCUGGGGGCAAAGGCGAUAGUUCUGUUUUUGUCCUUUUUGUGGGCUUAUCAACGUUAGGAGCAGGUGCCUAUGUGUACAAGACACUGAAAGAAGACAGAGAGAGAUUCAAUGACCGCAUCGAAGCAAUGGCUAUUAAAUCCCAAGACAUGAAGUCCACCUCUGAAGUGGGUGCUGCCUCCCAGGCCACAACAGCAGAGCCGGGGUUGACAACAGCUGAGCAAGGAGCUCCAGAGACAGAUCCGAGUGCUCGCCCUGAAUGUCCAUCCCAUGCUCCUUUUCUGCUAAUUGGUGGAGGCACUGCUGCUUUUGCUGCUGCUCGAUCCAUUCGGGCUCGUGAUCCUGGGGCUAGGGUGCUGAUUGUUUCUGAAGAUCCUGACCUGCCAUAUAUGCGUCCUCCUCUUUCCAAAGAACUGUGGUUUUCAGAGGAUCCGAAUGUCACGGAGACUCUGCGAUUCAAACAGUGGAAUGGCAAAGAGAGAAGUAUAUAUUUCCAGCCGCCUUCUUUCUACGUACCUGCUCGUGAUCUGCCUUAUACAGAGAAUGGUGGAGUGGCCGUCCUCAGUGGCAAGAAGGUGGUGCAUAUGGAUGUUCGAGGCAAUGUGGUGAAACUUGAUGAUGGAACCCAGAUAUCCUAUGAUAAAUGUUUAAUUGCCACAGGUGGUUCCCCAAGGAAUCUUCCUGCAAUCGAGAGAGCAGGGAAAGAUGUGCAACAAAGGCUGACGCUGUUCCGCAAGAUUGAGGACUUCAGAGCUCUAGAAAAAAUUUCAAGAGAAGUCAAGUCCAUCACCAUUAUUGGCGGCGGCUUCUUGGGUAGUGAGCUGGCCUGUGCUCUGGGAAGAAAGGUACAAGCCACAGGGCUGGAGGUGAUUCAGAUGUUCCCAGAGAACGGCAACAUGGGCAAGGUCCUGCCUGAGUAUCUGAGCAACUGGACAACAGACAAAGUCAAAAGAGAGGGUGUUAAUGUCAUGCCCAAUGCUGUGGUGAAGUCCGUCUGUGUCUGUGGGAACCGGCUGGUAAUUAAACUGAAGGAUGGAAGAAAGGUGGAGACUGAUCACAUAGUGGCAGCAGUGGGCCUGGAGCCCAAUGUGGAGUUAGCAAAGUCUGCUGGCCUGGAGGUAGACUCUGAUUUUGGAGGGUUCAGGGUGAAUGCAGAGCUGCAGGCGCGCUCCAACAUCUGGGUGGCAGGAGAUGCCGCCUGCUUCUACGAUAUCAAGCUAGGCAGAAGACGGGUGGAGCAUCAUGAUCAUGCUGUUGUGAGUGGAAGAUUAGCUGGAGAAAACAUGACAGGAGCUGCUAAGCCUUAUUGGCAUCAGUCAAUGUUCUGGAGUGACCUGGGCCCUGACGUCGGAUAUGAAGCCAUUGGCCUUGUAGACAGUAGCUUGCCCACUGUAGGAGUUUUUGCUAAAGCAACUGCAAAAGACACACCGAAGUCUGCAACGGAGCAGUCAGGGACUGGCAUCCGCUCAGAAAGUGAAACGGAAGCAGAAGCCUCUGAGAUUACAAUCUCUGCCAGGUCUCCUUCAACACCUCAAGUUCCAAAGCAAGGAGAAGACUAUGGCAAAGGGGUCAUCUUCUACAUCAGGGAUAAAGUGGUGGUCGGAAUUGUCUUAUGGAACAUCUUCAACAGGAUGCCAAUUGCUCGAAAGAUCAUUAAAGAUGGAGAGGAGCAUGCUGACCUCAAUGAAGUAGCGAAGCUCUUCAACAUCCAUGAAGAUUGAGCCCCUGCUCCAAGACCUGUCUGGCUGGGGUGCGUCGGUGUAAGUGGGGGGACACAUGCUGCAGACUGAGAGCUCUCCCUGCCUCGGAGCGCUGACUCUGUGUUCUGAGUACUUUGUGAAUAUUUCCAGUAAUCUAGAACUCUAACAUUUGCACCAGUAAAUAAAACCAGAUUCUUCUAAAUUCAAGGCCUUUUUCCUAAAGAUGUGAGGAGUUGUGGAAAAAUUAGUCACUUGUUUGCUCCACUAGGGUGAAGGCAGUGUUGUUGUCUGCUCCCCUAACGUUCACAUUCUAGCAGCCUGCAGAGCUACCACCUGGGAUUGAGUGCACACGUUCACACAGUAUUAUCCUGGGUGCUUGGCACUUCCAUCUUUCGCUUGCUUUAGGAGGGCAGUUCUUCAAUUCUUGUGUUUCUAGAACUCCAGGCUACCAUCCUGAAGUGCUGGCUAAACUACUGCAAAUUCAGAUGGAGGAAUUUAUGCAGCAAGAGAGGGGGAGAAGAAUCUCAAAUGUGUACUUAAAAAUCACAACAUAUAGUUCUGAUCAUGUAACUGCACCCAUUAUCAAAUAGGUGCUCCCCAGGCAAGUACUUACAGGCUGGGAACAAGUCAUCCUUUAACCUCUUUUAAGCUAAAUAGAUUGAGCUCCUGACAUCUUUCACACUAAUGCAUAUUUUCCAUUAAUCAUUCUCAUGGUUCUUCUCUGAACCCUCUCCAGUUUAUCAGCAUCCUCUUUGAAUUGUGGACACCAGAACUGGACAUAGUAUUCCUGCAGCAGUCACACCCAUGCCAAAUUCAGAGUAAAAUAACCUCUCUACUACUUGCUAUUUCGCUGUUUAUGCAUCCAAGAACCACAUUAGCCCUUUUGGAUUGCACUGGUAGCUCAUGUUCAGCUGAUUUGGGCCAUGAUGGAUAAACUUUUUUGGAGUCACUGCUUCCCAUCCUGUAAGUAUGGCCAACAUUCUUCUUGGAGUAAUUGCACGUGUCCAUCCCACUGUAGGUAUGUACGCCCCUCAUGCGCAGUUAUUGGAGAACGUUUUCCCUCAGUGGUACUUGUUGGGGCAGCUCAAGUGCCCUCUGCCAUUCUGCACCAUUGGAUGCAGGUAGAAGAGGACAGAGCCACCCCCUCCUCUCCUUCAGUUCCUUCUGACCACCAGUGAUGGUUGUUGGAGCACUUCUGGUCUUGCUAUUGCGAGUUUUUCCCUCACCCUUUGUAUAUUGUUUUUGUUCUCUUAGUAGUUAGCUAGGUAAAGAGCACAGUUAAUGCUAGUGAUAAAAUUAAAACCUAUGUCCAUUUUGGACCAAAUUAGAAUCUUGGUACCAGGAUCAGUACUGGAGCCAUGCUUCACUUUCUGGGGGGUUUAAACUCUGCCAGUUUUGUGCCAAGGCAGUGCUGUUAAAUAGUGUAGGACCAAGACCCGACCCCUGUAAGACUGCACUAGAAACUUGCCCACUCAAUGAUGAUUCUCCAUUCACAAUUACAUUUUGAGACCUAUCAGUUAGUUGGCUUUUAAUCCAUUUAAUAUGUGCCUUGUUAACUUUAUAUUCUAUUUUUUUAAUCAAAAUGUUGUACCAAGUCAACAGAAGUCCAAGUAAAUCACAUAAACCCUAUUUCCUUUAUCAACCAAAUUUGUAAUCUCAUAAAAAAAAAUAUCAAGUUAGUUUGACAUGAUUUGCCUGGUUUCUGUGACCCUAUGAUAAACCUAUGAUGAUUGGCAGUAAGAGAAGUGAGGUUUUUCACCCACGAAAGCUUGUGCCCAAAUAAAUCUGUUAGUCUUUAAGGUGCCACCGGACUCUUUGUUGUUUAUAUUACCCUCAAAUUCUUUAUUAAUCAAGCCCUGUAUCAGCCAUGUCAUUAUCUUUCCAGCUAUUGAUGUCAGACAGACAAGACUAUAGUUACCCAGGUUAUCCUGUUUACCCUUUUACCCAGUUGCUCCAUUAGCUCAGUGGCUCUCAACCUUUCCACACUAUUGUACCCCUUUCGGGAGGUUGAUUUGUCUUGUGUACCCCCAAGUUUCACCUCACUUAAAACUACUUGCUUACAAAAUCAGACAUAAAAAGACUAAAGUGUCACGGCACGGUGCUACUGAAAAA